AGAGCCUGGGUUUUCUUGACUUUUCCGUCCAUUUCAGUCGCUCGUCACUCCGCCACCACCUUUUUAACCGGGACAACAUGGCUACUGCGGCGAGCCGUUACUACAGCGAGGACGGCAGGGCAACGAAGAGACAGAAAACCGACGGGAUGGCCACGGGAUAUGAAGAUCCUCACAAGACCCUUCCGUCCGUGGUGGUGCACGUCCGGGGGCUGGUGGACGGCGUCACAGAGGCUGACCUUGUGGAGGCCCUGCAGGAGUUUGGAGCGAUCAGCUACGUGGUUGUGAUGCCCAAGAAGCGUCAGGCGUUGGUGGAGUAUGAAGACAUGAACGGAUCAUCCACAGCAGUAACUUUUGCUGCAGACAACCAAGUUUACAUCGCCGGCCACCCAGCAUUUAUCAACUACUCCACCAGCCAGAAGAUCUCCAGGCCGGGAGACUCUGACGACUCCAGAAGUGUUAACAACGUCCUCCUGCUCACCAUCAUGAACCCCAUCUACCCCAUCACUACGGAUGUCCUCUACACUAUCUGCAACAACUGCGGACCGGUCCAGAGAAUCGUGAUCUUCAGGAAGAACGGCGUGCAGGCCAUGGUUGAAUUUGACUCUGUGCAAAGCGCCCAGCGGGCCAAGGCGUCGCUCAACGGAGCAGACAUCUACUCCGGCUGCUGCACGCUGAAGAUCGAGUACGCUAAGCCCACUCGCCUGAACGUGUUCAAGAACGACCAGGACACCUGGGACUACACCAACCCAAACCUCGGAGGCCCAGAUGGUGAUGCAGAUGGCAAUGGGAGCAAUGCAGAUGACGUGAAUGCCAACCCCAACAAGCGCCAGAGACAGCCUGCUCUGCUGGGCGACCACCCUCCAGAGUACGGAGGUGGUUACCAUGGCUACGAUGAGAGCUAUGGAUCCCCACCGUACGAGGGUCGCCGCAUGGGUCCACCAAUGAGAGGGCGUGGAGGAAGAAGCUACGGGCCGGGAUACGGACCUCCUCCCCCUCCUCCCGGCGAGUACGGCGGCCACGCAGAGUCUCCGGUCGUCAUGGUGUACGGACUGGACCCCGUCAAGAUGAACGCGGACCGCGUCUUCAACAUCUUCUGUCUCUAUGGCAACGUGGAGCGGGUGAAGUUCAUGAAGAGUAAGCCCGGAGCGGCCAUGGUGGAGAUGGGAGACUGCUACGCGGUGGACCGCGCCAUCACUCACCUCAACAACAACUUCCUGUUCGCACAGAGAAUGAACGUGUGCGUGUCCAAGCAGCAGGCCAUCGUCCCCGGUCAGUGCUACGAGCUGGAAGACGGCACGAGUAGUUUCAAGGACUUCCAUGGCUCCAGGAACAACCGCUUCACCUCACCGGAACAGGCGGCCAAAAACCGCAUCCAGCACCCGAGCAACGUGCUGCACUUCUUCAACGCCCAGCCAGAUGUCACGCCAGAGGUUUUCUCUCAGAUCUGCGAGGAGAUCGGAGUGAAGAGCCCCGUCAACGUCAAGAUGUUCACAGGAAAGAGUGGAGCAGCUCCCAGUGACCGCAGCGCCUCAGGUCUGCUGGAGUGGGAGUCCAUCAAUGACGCCAUGGAGGCUCUCGCCCUGAUGAACCACUACCAGAUGAAAAACGCAGGUAAAUCCGGUCCGUACCCGUACACCCUCAAACUGUGCUUCUCCACCGUUCAGCACGCCAACUGAGCGCGCCCUCGUUAGCCAGGAAGACGACGAUUGGUCCACCAUUCCCCGUUCACAUGUACUUCGACCAUGACUGCUUGUAACACGCCCGGGGAAAAUCAAUCUUCAAAAAACAUGUGGAAUCAUUUUCACGACAGUUCAGUGUAAACUGGUCAUAAAUUAGAAUCUUUUUGAUAUUUAUUCCCCGGCUGUGCGUUAGUAUCAGUACCGUGUCUUCAAUAUUAAGUUGUCCUUUUUACUUUUUGUAUUAUGCUCAUCAGUAACCGACAUGAGAGACGACUGGUUUUAUGCUCGAGUGGUUCAGUGGCAGUGCGUACCAUGUUUUCUUUUGUUUUUGUAAAG